CUCCGCGGGCAGCUGGAGGGGUCCCGGCGCGCCUGCUGGGGCCGCACCUCUCGGACCAGGGCCGCGGACGCCAGUGCAGCCAUGUCGGGCCGCUCGGUGCCACAUGCCCACCCGGCCACCACCGAGUACGAGUUUGCCAACCCGAGCCGCCUGGGCGAGCAGCGCUUUGGGGAAGGCCUGCUGCCCGAAGAGAUCCUGACCCCCACCCUCUACCACGGCUACUACGUCCGGCCCCGGGCCACCCGCGCCGGGGAGGGCAGCAGGGCAGGGGCCUCGGAGCUCAGGCUCAGCGAGGGCAAGUUCCAGGCCUUCCUGGACGUGAGCCACUUCACCCCCGAUGAGGUGACGGUGAGGACUGUGGACAACCUGCUGGAGGUGUCCGCCCGGCACCCCCAGCGCCUGGACCGCCACGGCUUCGUGUCCCGCGAGUUCUGCCGCACCUACGUGCUGCCCGCCGACGUGGACCCCUGGCGGCUGCGCGCCGCCCUCUCCCACGACGGCAUCCUUCACCUGGAGGCCCCCCGGGGCGGCCGGCACUCGGACACAGAGAUCAAUGAGGUGCACGUCUCCCUGCUCCCGGCGCCACCUGACCUCGAGGAAGAGGGGGACGCGGCGGGAGUGGAGUCCUGAGUGCCGCAGACCCAGCACCCAAGCGCACCCCUUCCUACUACCUCCCUGGGUCCGGAGCGCUGCUGGAGGUAGCCGCAUCCUGCGGGGUGGGGAAGGGAACACACGAGAGUGGUCACAGUGUACAGUUUGAUCCCUGGGGACAUGCCGUAGCCUGUGUGUAGUUCUGGGUAGCACAGAAUAAACCAGAA